UUAAUAGUUGCAAUGCGUGCUCGGAUUCAUAGUGACGGCUUACAUAAUAAUAAAAAUAAAUGUUCUUUUAGAUAAUAAUUGCAGGUCUAAUAAAAGUUUUUGAAUAUUAAUAAGUUAAAAUGAGUGAAGUGAAUUUGUCGGCGCUUGCCGAGAGCGUCGUCGAAAAUGUGGAAGCAAAGGCACCAACGCCGAUGCAAGAAAUAAAUUCGGCUUUAAAAGAGUGUGGGUUCGGCUGGUUUCAUUGCAGGCUGCUUUGCGCGUCAUAUUUCGGAUUUUGCGCCGGUAUUCUAAUAACCAGUACUGUUCCGUAUAUAUUGCCGAAUGCCGAAUGUGAUCUUAAUAUGGAUCUGCUACACAAAGGCGUGUUGAGCGCUAUUCCGUAUGUAGGUAUGAUCUGCUCAUCGGCAGUGGCUGGUUUCCUAACGGAUACCUUUGGCAGAAAGAAGUUCCUUGUAGGAGGCUAUGCUUUGAUGGCUGUCUUCAACGUGGUGUCUGGCCUGAGCCAAAAUUACAACGUGCUGCUCGCGUCUAAAUUCUGCGAAGGUCUUGUGUAUUCAUACGAAUGGUAUGUUAACAUAUGGAAAGACAAGAACAUUAAGACGAUAGACGAAGCCCCUGAAAAUGGAAAGACCAGCAUAUCUCAGCAGCUUUCAGCAGGUCUGCAAAGUGUCAAACCGAUGUUCCAGAAGCCUUACGUACACUAUCUAAUGCUGUUCUGUUUUAUAUAUUUCUUAGUGAUGAUGCUAUACAACAUAAUCAGAAUGUGGUUCCCCCAACUAUCGACUAUAGUGGAACACUACAGUAGUCCAGAGAGACAAGAGCUUUGCACUAUGUUGGACGCGUAUACGCAUGAUCAGAGGCAAAGAAAUAUUACUACUGUUUUGGAGAUCUGUGUGCCGACAAAAAGCGGCACAGAAACAUAUAUCUACAGUAUGAUAAUUGGCUGUGUGUGCUUACUACCUUACAUGUUAUCGGGAUUAUUAGUAAAUAAAGUGGGAAAGAAAGUGUUACUAACUGGAGCAGGAGUUAUAAGUAUAGGGGUCACAUUAGGCCUCAGAUGGGUCAGUUCUAAAGCGUGGGUUGUGGCCCUCUUCGCAUCAGAUAUGGCAAUAGCUCAACUCAUGAUGAGUUUGAUGCAAGCGACUACUGUCGAGUUCUUUCCUACAACUAUCAGAACCCUGGCUAUAUCCGUAACCAUGACGAUGGGAAGGACAGGAUCUCUAGUUGGCAAUGUGAUGUUUCCCAUACUACUGAACAUGGGUUGUGUUGUGCCUUUCUUUACACUAACCGGACUUAUGAUUUGUGUAACAGCAAUGAUCCUUAUGUUACCAAAAAAGAAGACUGUGUAGUUAAGGUUGAAGAAGAAUUUUGUAAGAAAAUAUGAAGUAUUUUACACUUUCUAGUGUUGGUAACAUUAAAAUAUAAAAGUAACGCCAUCUAUGAUUUGGUGAUGAAAUCAGUUUUAUAUGGGUAUUAAUACAAUUAUUAUUAGUAAUAUUAAAAUAUUUAUGAUUGGAACA